ACCUGGACUCCUUACCUCGUCGUCACUCCAAGUCCUCGCCCCGGGUCCAUACAUACUUUCUUGUCACGGUUUAACUGUACGUGGAAAGUCUGUACAAAUGAUUUUUUCCAACAGGGACCACGGCAAAGGAUUAAUCUAGAUAGGAGGACGUGAAGGGAUGGCGUCGCCGUCGGCCACCGUGCUGUGCACGGCCGCCAUCUCCUUCCGACUUGCACCGAACAUGGCAGUGCUAUUCUUCCUAGCGGCGGCGCUACUGGCCACCCCGACGCGUUCGUCGUCGUCGUCCAACGACACCGGUCGUCAACAUCCCACCCUGACCCUCUGCUCCGGCCACUCCCCGGCCGUCGUCACGACGAGCAGCGAGGUCACCAUCACCAGGUUCCUCGCCGCCGUGUGUGCCGGCGCCUACGGCGGCGUCGCGCACAUGUCCCACAACAUGUCCUCGUACGUCGCCGCCGAGAACCGGACCAUGUACGGCGUCGCGCAGUGCCGCACCGACGUCUCGGCCUCCGACUGCGCCGCCUGCCUCUCCGCGGCCUCCAAGCUCAUCGUCGCCGGUCCCGGGACGGCGUGCGCGGCGUCGGCGGUCUGGCACGACGCCUGCUUCCUCCGCUACUCGGACCACGAGGACGUGGGCCGAUUCCGCGAGGACGAGUACACGGCGACCGUGUUCAACGCGAGCCGCACGCUGCCGCCGUCGCCGCACGUGGGCGCCAGAGCGGCGGUGAGGCGCCUCCUCGCCGCCGCGAGGAAGACUACGGUGAGCAGCCACAUGUGCAGCAGCGUCGGUGCCGCCGGCACUGGGGCUGCGGCGUCAUCAGGCGGCCGUUUCUACGGACUCACGCGGUGCGCCGCCGGCGUCUCGUGCGCCGACUGCCGGCGCUGCCUCCGCGGCGCCCUCGAGGUGGUGGACAGGGCGUUCAACGGCAGCGCGGGGAUGCAGGUGCUGCGGCUCAGCUGCAUGGCCAGGUACGAGAGCUACCCCUUCUACAACAUCGAGUCCCUGGCCCGGCGAUUGCUCGCGGACGCGUGGAAAAACAGCGGGCUGGACGGAUUUAACGCAACUGCUGGUGCUCGGUCCCCGGCUGGUACACCUGCUGUACCGGCGCCACCACCGCCUGCACAAGCACGAGCACCACCUCCAGCAGCAUCCAUGACCAUCACGGGUAAUGCUACAGUCCGAUUUCCUCCCGAGGGUAGGACUGGGGCCGCACAACCCACCCCAGCGGCCCCUGGCGGUCAUACCCCACUGCCUGCUGCUGCCGCGCCGAAUGAUCAAAUGGCCACCGGAUCAUCAAAAAGCAAGGGAAUGUUCAAUAGAUCCAAAUGGCUGAUCGUUUCUCUUGCGACUGGGUUGGCGAUUGCCGCCUUCAUCCUUGCACUCACCAUAUGGUACCGUCGAAAACGGCGACCGGCUCACAGAGGACAUGUCAUAGAACCCCUUGUUUUGAAUCGUCAAGUAGAUGGCAUGCCAGAGGAGGCUAUGCAUGACCAAGAAAAGAAGGGUUUGAGCAGGGAAGGAGACGAGGAGGACGAGGACGGCCGAAGAACGAGCUGCCAACUCUACAGUUACCAGCAUCUUGAGGCUGCAACAUGCUGCUUCUCAAGUAGAAACAAGCUAGGCAGCGGUGGAUUUGGAACAGUAUACAAGGGCACACUCGAGAAUGGGAAGAAAGUAGCAGUGAAAAGGCUCAGGGACUCCAAGAGGACUAUACAAGAACUUGAGAGGGAGAUAUCCAUUGUGGCCAACUUGCGCCAUAAGAACCUUGUGAGGUUUCUAGGGUACUGCUUCCAAGAGGAAGGGAGGUUCCUCAUCUAUGAGUACGUACCUAAUAACAGCCUCGAUAAAUUUUGGUACAAAGCAUCUUUUCAGGGCGAGAAGCUAGAGUGGGCUACAUGGUUCAACAUCAUCUUAGGGGUUGCUCGCGGCCUCCGGUUUCUUCACGACAAGGGGAUCAUUCACCGGGACCUAAAGCCACAUAAUGUACUUCUUGACGAUAACUUCAACCCAAAGAUUGCCGAUUUUGACCUCAUGAGGAUGUACGAUAAACAGAGAACUCACGAGAGCACGGAGAAGGUCGCUGGAACAUUCGGAUACAUGGCGCCGGAGUGCACGUCCGGCCGAAAGUUCCUGCUGUCCAUCAAGUCCGACGUGUACAGCUACGGGGUGUUGGUGCUGGAGAUCAUCACCGGCCACAAGAUCUACACGUUCGAAGGCCAGGACUCCGAGGGCCUCGUGGAAUACGUGUGGCAGCACUGGAGGGAGAAGAGAGCGAGCGACGUCGUGGACGGCGACGUGGUGGGCGUGGAAGCAGGGCAGGAGCACGCCGCACGGCAAGCGCUGCGGUGCGUGCACGUCGCGCUCCUCUGCGUGCAGUCGGACCGAGCAAGGCGGCCAGCCAUGGGGCAGGUCAUUGCCAUGCUCAGCAGCGACGACGCGGCGGCGGAGGAGCUGCCGGAGCCGACUCUGCCUGGGUACGUCGUCCGUCCAACGGCGGCGUCUGGUGUCCAGCUCUGCUUCGGGUGCAGUUCUGCACAAACAGGACAGAUAUAUCAAGUGACCGACCAUGGCAUCCCAGGCCAUCGAGAGCCACCGUGCCGGCGCUGAGGUCGUCACCGGAGGAGACGCCAUCUGCAGGAAGAAGCUAAUCGAGCUGCUGGAGGAGCUCGGCCUCCCCAAAGGCUUCCUGCCCCUCGAGGACAUCCAGGAGUUCGGUUUCAACCGCCAGACAGGGUUCAUGUGGCUGGUGCAGGGGAAGAAGAAGGUGGAGCACACCUUCAAGAAGAUCAAGCAGACCGUGUCGUACGCCGCCGAGGUAACGGCAUUUGCUGACAAGGGUAAGCUGAGUAAGAUCACCGGCGUAAAGACAAAGGAGCUGAUGCUUUGGCUCAGCGUCGUCGAGGUGUACGUCCCCGAGGCAUCGCCAGAGAAGGUUACCUUCAAGACCGGCACUGGCCUCUCUGACACCUUUGAUGCCUCUGCCUUUGCGUUAGGAGAGUAAUCAGCUGUCACAUGAAUGGUUGGCUUCAGAAAAUGUUGAGUGAGCUGCAUAAUUUUUCUUUUGUAUUUGUAAACUUCCAUGUAUGUAUCAUGUAUCUUGUGACGAAUUUGUACCUAGGAGUACUCAUACUCAUUCAUGGGCUAGGGUCAUUGCAAACCUUUCUA